AUGCUUCACUUGUGGCUGCUGAAAACGGCUCAGAAUCACCCACUGUUGGUGGAGCUCAAAAACGGGGAGACGUACAAUGGGCAUCUGGUGAGCUGCGACAACUGGAUGAACAUCAACUUGCGUGAGGUGAUCAGCAAGUCCAGGGACAGGGACAAAUUCUGGCUGAUGCCCGAGUGCUACAUCCGUGGCAGCACCAUCAAGUACCUGCACAUCCCCGAUGAGAUCACCGACACGGUCAAGGAGGAGGUGGUGGCCAAGGGCCGUGGCCGUGGGGGCCUGCAGCGGCAGAAGCAACAGAAGGGCCAUGGCACGGGGGGUGCCGGGCGAGGAGGGAUCCCAGGGACCAGCAGAGAUCAGCCAGAAAGGAGGCCGGGCAGAGAGGCGGGCAAACAGUGA